GUGGUGGAGGGGGCGCCCAUCCUGGAGCGCUUCCCUGUGCUCGUGCAGUGCAUCAGGCGCGUGGUGGACGUGGUCCGGGCGGACCUCAGGAUCCUCGAGGAGCUGCAGCCGCGCCGCUUCUUCUACGCGAAGCAUGCGCUGGCACUCCGCGUGAUGAUGAACAGGCGCCUCGAGAAGGUGCGACGCCUGACGGAGGAGGGGUGGCUGUCGUCGGCGGACAGUGAGGGCCUGGUCGCCUCGCUGCAGGGCCGCAUCGUGCAGGUGGAGCGGUUCCUGCCGCGCCUGCGCUCGAUGGAACGCGUCGUGGGGGCACGGCCGUGCGAGCUCGCCCAGGCACCGAUGGCGCCUGCGUGGCAAGACGUUGACCUCGUCCAUCAG